CUUCUGAUCUGACUUCUCUCUGGUUCUUCAUCUUUACAGCACCAUGAAGGCCCUAGUGAGCGCAUUUCUCUUUUUGGCCCUGCUUUGUUCAGUCUCAUCUGCAACUGGACCCGACAUAUGUCUAAUUUGUAAAUCUACGAACUGCAGCAAAACCAUCAUAGGUGGCUGUAUGCCCGGCACCAGAAACAAAAUUUGUUAUAGCAAAAUCAUAGACGUCCCAUGGAAGAGUGGAAAUAAAGUUCAGAAAAUAUUUAACCAACUGGGAUGCAUGUCCGCUGAGUAUUGUCGCCCAUUCAAAAACACUGCCACCUUACCAGAUGGCGGAUACAUCUACAUGGAAGUCAAGUGCUGCAACAAAGUAUUGUGCAAUAAAGCUAUCAGUGUACCGGCUCAAGAGAAUCGUCCCCUCAAUGGGCUGGUGUGCCCAGGCUGCCUCACCUACAUCCCUAAUGCAAACCAAUCUUGCUCGAGUAAUACCAUUGUCAACUGUCAUGGCCGGGAGAAUAAAUGCAUUUCGUACACCGGUAGACUUAAAAUACGUGGGCAGUACUAUUCCCCACUCAGUUUCAAAGGCUGUGCAACAAAAAAUCUGUGUGACUUACUAACGGGAGCCACAGAAGAAGGAAGUGACCUGCUGCAACCCAGCGACACAACAGAAGCGGAAUGUUCACCCGCUGAAUACCCGGAUGAAGAGGAGCCCUCUCCGGAACAGUAG